AUGAAUAGAACGUGUUAUAUAAACGCCGGAAUGAACCAUAACUGCGAUUUCAAAGACCUCAUCUCCGCGAUGAACGCCCGGCGCUUCUGGGAGUCCACACACUCUCCCGGCAGGAGAAAGAGGAAUAUCGUUAGACCCGACCUCAUGACCGACUAUUUAAGACCAGUCCCACAAAUAUUCUGUAAAAAGUGA